CAACUUGCUCAAACUAAAGACAGCGCAACCUCCGCCGCCCAUCGGACCGCACUCUCUCCCUUCCGCUUUCCUUGAUGCGCUGGAAAGUCCCCGAGAUGUUCUGUGAAGCCGCAGUCAUUACAUCCGCCCCUCAUUUGUGUACACGUGAUUGGCUUUAUUAAAUAACACUGGCAUAUUGGGACACAGUAAGAAGUACUUUGAAAAGGUCCAGCUUAAAAGCUGUCAAAAGUCAAGUGACAAGAGAUUCAGUGUGGACGGUGUAGCCUCCGACCAGAGCUAGUUCGUGAAGAAUGGACGGUGAAGCCCCGCUAAUACCCCACUCUACCCCUAAUUUGCUGAUGUCGCCGACGCUGGAAAAAGUUCCUCAGCUCCAGCGCCAGGAUGCAGACAAAGGCAUCACAACAUCGGAAGCUGUUUUGGGAGGGAACAUUGCAAGGACACCAAACGAGCCAUUCCAAAUACAAAAUGGGACUGAAUUGGGAGAUGAGGAGAAUGUGACUUUUAUCACAGAAAGCAUGAGUGUCACUACAGCAGAUGAGGAGAAGCUACUACUUCUGAACAAGAACACUGAAUUGAGACGCAUUAACCAAAAGCUGAUGAAACUCAACCAAGACUGGGACCAGAUCUAUCGAGUAGCUACGAGUGAACUCCAGCAGAGACUGGCAGUACUACAGAUGGAGGUUUUAGAAACCAAUCAGCAUGCAUGUGCACUUUCCAAAAAACUAGAUAAUGAGCAGUGCAAAAGGGAGUAUUAUGAGCAAUCCUUUAUGCAAGAAAUGAAAAGGAAUCAACAGCUUCAGGAAUAUGUGAAACAGCUAGAAAAUAAACUGCACACCAUAGGAGAAGGUCAGCAACUGCCACUGAAAGAUCAGCCAUGGAGACCAACUCUAAGUGAUAAAACAGCCGACAAUAUUGUCCAAAAACCAGAAGUGAAUCAAAAACAAGCAGUGCCCUCAUCAGCAAACCACGCGCAGGCCUUGGCAAAGUCACGGGAGCCAGGUCAUUGCAGAAUGACAAAGCCAGAAGAAAGCCAACACAGACCUCCAUAUGGGAUCUCCCAGAAGGAGUGUACGGAGCUUCUCGAUCAAAUGGCUGCCCUUAUGUGUCAGACAAAGCUGUUUGAAUCAGAUUAUAAGACGGAGCGCAAAGAUCGACAACGCACUCAAGCUGAAAAUGAAAGACUAAAGAAAGUAACAGAAGAUAUGUAUUUGCAGAUGAAUCUUCUUCAGGAACAGCUCAAGAUUUAUGAGGAUGAUUUUAAAAGGGAAAGGUCUGAUAAACAAAUUCUUCAGCGCCUGCUAAAGAGUAAAUCGGAAAGUAAGGAGCCAGUUCUCAUCCACCGGUGCAACAACACACAUCAGAAAUCUGGAGAAAUCAAGAGAAUACAGUGCAGCAAGCACUGCAUUGAACGGCACCCGAAUUGUUCAAACCAUCAUAAGUGUAAAGGUGCAGAAAUCCAUGCAUUGCCUUACUCGAUAGACUACCAUUAAAGUAGAGCUUUGGAAGAAGGUUGGAGUGAAAGGAGUGUUAUUAGUGUCCUUGAAAACCUGCUACAUUCAUGCCCUUAUUUAUAAAUGAGGCAAGUAAAACCAAGGCCAUUAAAUAUUCUGCACAAAUUAUUCUUGUGUUUGAAUUUCAUGCCCUCUGGAUUUAGAACAACCUCUUUAAAAUGAAUACAUUAACAUGUCUGUAUAAAAUUCCAUUAUGUGUCAGAUUAUUAAUGGGUUCAUUUAAUGAUGUAGUUAAGAUGAUAUACUGACAUCUGUGUUAGUUUUUCAACAGUAGCAUGGUGAUUAGUACCUUUUACCUAUGAAUUAGAAAGUAGCUGGUUCAAAUCAAAUGCAAGGCUGGAGCACAAUUCUCUAGGUCGAUGCUAUAAUCCAAUAUUGAUGAAUCAUCCAAAUUAUUGCUCAUUCUAUCUCACCACCUAGUCUGACCACAGAGGAAGAUGUUGGGCAGGACAGAACCAUAGAACCAUAGAAACUACAGCACAGAAACAGGCCCUUUCGCCCUUCUUAGCUGUGCAGAACCAUUUUCUGCCUAGUCCCACUGACCUGCACACGGACCAUAUCCCUCCAUACACCUCCCAUCCAUGUAUCUGUCCAGGAGAACUUAUCAGGAGUAUAUGGUCCACCUGAGCACGAUGUCUGUUUAAACUACUCCUCCAAAAAUGGUCAUUUUUAAGUUUGCAUAUUCCUGCAUAACCACAAAGAGGAAAGAAAGAUAACCAUUUUUCAUUUAUAAAGUAGCUCUUGACCUUGAGACUGAUUGCAUAACAAUAGAUGCUAAUUGUAUUGGUAACCUGCUCAACCUCCUUCUCACCAUCACAGUAACCUUCCACAGGGUUCCCAGGUGGAGCUGAGGUUACGACCGUCAAUGAAGGCACCAACCUCUGGUUACAUGAGCAUGAUUGCAGAUGAUGUUACCUGCAGUUAUCAUCAGACAUUUCUUUAUUAUGUGAGAAGCAUAUACAUUCAAACUAGUUACUGAUGUUUUGGAUAGUCCAAUCCAGUGCCUUAUUUCUGACUCGUCAGCCACCAAUUCAUUAAGUCCAAAAUUAAAGAACUGUUUUUCAAGUUCUGCACAUACUGAGUAACAGAGUUCUGUCCUAGAUAAGGCUUACCCAUCAGGAUAACUAAAAAUGAAUGGAUUAUUUGAUAAUUACUUCAUUGAAGUUUGUGGAGACUUGCUGUGAGUGAAUCUCCUGCAUUCUUUCGAUCUAGGAGGCUGAAAAUUUCUAUAAGCUGUAAAUGCAUUUUUUAAUUUAAUCUGUGAGGAAUUGCACCUUAUGUUGCUAAUACUGUACUUUAUCUUGACCAUUCAUAUUUACACAUUUCAUUUAUUUACUGUAUAAUUUUAUAUUUGUGGAGGUGUAUCAAACAAAAUAGGAUACACCUAUAUUGUGUCGUUUGUAGCAAACUCUUUAACUUGGUAACCUUUUGUGCAUAAGGUUAUUGGCUGAUAAAGCAUAGAAACUUUGCUGAGCAAUUAAUAUUGAGUGGUUUCAAUUGUUAUGUUCAAUAACAUAUUAUUGAAUGACUAGAUUAUAUUCAGAGUAAGGUUUGUAACUUGUAUCUAAUAUGACUCCAUUAGGAGUUAAUAAUAUAUUUUUUUUCUUCCAGGUAAUAAUUUAAGAACUUUGUUAGCUUAUACUGGGAGAGUUAGUAUCGGUAUGAGAGGGGAAAAAAAACUGAAGGACUUUAAUCUGGUAUUUCUAGAAUAAUUUUUUAAUCAAAAAAAGAUUAAUCUUAACACCGGUAUCUGUAAUAUUCAGAAUUCAUUGCAAUUCCAGUAAUAGUUUUAGUUGGGGGUGGGUGGGGGAACUAUAAGCUUGAUCUUUUUCUGAUAUGUAAAUUCAGACUUUAGGGUGUGAUCAUUAUACUAUUUGUGAAGUGCAAGGCACUCCAGAUAGUUAUUUUAACAUUUCUGUGUUACGCAUCUGUCACGUCGAAAUUUCAGAAGAAAUAAAAUAAGCUUACUGUGAAAUAAUUUUGUGAUCAAAGAAGUACUUGCAUCUGUUAAAAGGGCACGAUUUGUGAAAUCAGCUUAGAUAAGCAUAGUACUUGGCAUAGAAGAUUUGGGCUGGGUAACUAUAAGUCUAUAAAUCUAUGAAUCUGAUGUAUGGAGAUAAAGUAUUAUAUAUAAAGGUUCACUUCGACUGCAUCCUGUCACUGUUUUCGGAAAGGGAGCAGUGUCACUAUUUGAUAUAAUGGCAAAUAAAAUGUAUUUUUUUUACUUUGCCAACAUAAGUUACAGAAUUGACAUUGUUAUGAUCAUUUAAUACGAAGCAGUGACAGAUAUCUUUAUUUCGAGGAAUUAUUGCCCAUCAGUUUACACAUAUUUUGUGCAACUUGUUUGUUGAGGUGUAAAACCUGUCUGAUUUUUCUUUUCCCUAUUUUACAGCCCAGGCACCUAAAACAUCAUAAAGUAUUAAUGUCUGUUUGCACUGUCAGCCCGCGCAGAGACAAAAUCUCUCAUGAUAAUUUUGUAACAAGUGAAAUUGGUGCCUUUUUAUUCAAUGUGCUGGCAGAAACCUAAACAUCUUUGGAAACCAUUUCCAUGCCUAAGCAACCCCGGUGGCACUGGUUAACUACUGCCACAGCUGUGUAAAUACACACCAUAUUUGCGUUGUGUGCCAGUGGUGGGGGAGAAUUGCAGGUAACAUUCUUAAUGUAAAAUGGUGUCCUUUAUAUUUUGCAAUGCUUGCAUUUACAAGAUGUAUCAUGUAAAUAUGUUCUUGUGCUUGUUUAAAAUUUCUGUUUUACUGAAGUUACCAAUUAAUAACUAAUACAUUUCAUAACCUAAUGUGAAAUAAAAAUGC